UCUUUUAGCUACCUAUUUUUUUGGAGCCAGCGCCGCGCCUCUGAUCUUCUCUUUAAUAGUAAUACGUCUGCGAUUUUCGGAAUCAUGGGUGUAGACGUUAACACAUAUCAAGAUGGUGACUCAUCAACCUAUCCCAAGAAAGGUCAGACAGUUUCAGUUCAUUACACAGGAACUUUGACGAAUGGAAAGAAGUUCGACUCGUCGAAGGAUCGUGGCAAGCCUUUUCAGUUCAAGAUUGGAACAGGACAGGUCAUCAAAGCAUGGGAUGAAGGUGUUAUGAAGAUGUCUGUUGGAGAGAAGGCUAAACUGACUUGCUCACCCGACUAUGCAUAUGGUGCUGCCGGGGUCAAGGGAACUAUUCCACCCAAUGCAACUCUGAUCUUUGAUGUGGAGCUACUUGGCAUUAAAUAGAUCUGACAGACGUCAUCGCUGCAAUUAUCUUUUAUUUUACAUGUAGGUUAUAAUAUUUUCAAUAGGCAACAUCAAUAAAAUCACUUUCUAUGACUAAUCAAAGCUGAAUUCUUUGAAAGUAUCUUUUAUGGUCAUCUACAUCAAAGUAAGAAAUUUGAAUAGCAAACUCACUGGUUUGCGAGUUUUAGAUACCGGAAUAAAGGUGCAUAUUUCAGGUAUUUUUUCUUCUUCAGUUCGUUCAAAUCAGUCUGUAUUUUCCAGAUCGAGCGACUGUGAUGCAAGUAACAUCUUUUUAGUGUUAAAAAUAUGUACAGUAGUUAAAACAUGCAAGAUAAUCAAGUCAGAGGCAUUAAUCAUUCCACAAUAUUAGGCUCUGUUCACAGUACAUCUAUAUCUCUUUGGUACUUGCGCUGUGUUCAGAUCAGUGAGUGGAAACACAGCCCAUCCAAAAAAUGAGAAGUGUUUAUCAAACUGUAGACAUUGUAUGCAAGUGCUCUUGUGAAAUGGGCCAUUCUGUGCCAUGUGUCCCAUAUGACUUGUCCUUUUCCACAAGCCUUACAUUGUAAAAUGAAAGAAUCACUUGAUAAGUUUAUAUGACCAUUGAUCAAUAGCGGUGCCUUCUGGGGGGUGUUUCACAAAACUUGUCAUCAGUGACAACUGUCAGUUUUUGUUACAAGCUACUGAAAUCCUUGCUUCUAAUUGCUUGAUCAGCAGAUUUGUCACUGAUUUUGGUCAUUUGUCAUUGAAAAAAGGCUUUGUGAAACACCCCCCUGGUAUCAAGACAUUUUUUCAUUCAUGGGUGAAAUAUAUGGAUAGAUGUCAUGUUGUAUGGAAUACAUUGCACAGAAUAGCCCAAAUGUGUCUGUGUGAACAGUGCCGAAUGUGUGUGAUCAGCAUUCCACGAUGCUUGGCGUCGUCAGCUUAGGGCCUAGACGGAGAUAACCGCCUUGAAUGGGGAAUAUAUAAUGAAAUUGACAUUUGUCGUCCUUCCUUGUAUCGAGUUGGUCAGUGGAGCAAGACCUAGUCUCAGCAGAACAACCAUCGAUAUCAGAGAUUGGAGCUUUUGGUCCACCUAGUGCCAAGACUAUUACCCUCAGCACUUCGUAUUUCUUACACAAUGUACCGGUAGCUGUAAUUGGUCUGUGUUUCAGCCCAUAAAUGUUUGUGUUAACAGCUAAAAGGACAUUAACUUUGUGUAAAAGGAUAUGAAUCCAUAUUCUUUAUGUGGGUGCAUUCUUCUUUUUAAUUUUUUUUUUAUCCCUAAUGAUCAUGAAAAUAUACAUGUAGAUGGAGCCAUACUUUUGGGUAUAGUGUAGUCGUCCAGAAUAUUACCUCAUUUGAUACAUUUAAUCUAUGGAUGUGCCUGUAUACAGAUGCUAUCUUUAUUAAAUCUGGCUGAUGUAAAACAAAUGAGAGAAACUUUCCAUAUUGUCAAUCUCUAUAGGUUAUUUUUCAUAAGCUUAUCUACAAAACUAUCAAGGAAAUAAUUCACCUAAUAUUUCUAUUCAAAGAUAAACAUACGAGGUGGAAGGUGGCAUUCAAAUUUGACAUUGAUGUAUGUGCGAAUAGAUUGUGUUGAUUCAAUGAUUUCUAAUUUUGCACUAACGGUAUUCAAAACUGCUGUUGGGAAUCUCCAGACAAUUAUUAUGACAGAAAAUACAGAAUAUUUUUCAUCCAAUGCAGCAUUAUUCACAUGCAGAUACCUGGUACAGACAGUUUUUAAUGAGGCAGGGUUAAAAAGAAGAACAAACGAGAAUUUCGAAUUAUUAAUUCAUAGGCACAUGUACUUUUAAGGCUGCUUCACGUAUGCCGUCGUAAACCGGACCAAUUCUUAAGCAUACAGGGUACCCCAUUUGACAGUUUGUAUCUUUUAACACACAGACAUUAGGUAUGCGUCGGACCUCUGUGGGGUACGGCUACCUAUGCCAUCACCACGUGCCAUUUAUUGAGUCCACACAUAAAAUUAAACAAACACUGGUGUAUCCCGUUGCAGUUUACCUUGGCAUAUGUGAACGAAUCUUCAUUCCUCAUCAUUGUCAAGAGAAUUGAGCAGAUAAAGUUUUCAUAUGUGAACAGGAUUAUUAUUAGAUUUGUACUUUCACUUCUCAUAAACAGUUGCAAUGUAUAAUGAAAAAAAUAAUUGAAAUAAACCACUUAUUUGGAUCAGAUA